AUGCAUCAAUUGACGACUUCAUUCUUUGCAGCAGUGUUAUUGAUAGCCACUAAUGUUGCUGCUGAAGUCAAACCUUACAUCUCGACCGAAGCAGAGUACAACACAGAAUGCAAAACCUGCCCACGCUCGCUAUGUCCCAAUCAAAUCGCCUACGACUAUUAUGAUACUUUCAAUGUAACGUGCUGGACACACGGAACGAAGAUCAUGGGGGAUGACCUAUGGCUCAAGACUGAGGCUGGUUGUUACGUCACCCAGUAUGACGUGGUAGAAUACCCAGGCGACUAUACUACUGACCUCAAAUACUGCGGCGCUGCUUCCGAAGUCCAGAAACUCACAAUUCAAAAGGCACAGCUCAAGUACAAGACUGAAUGCAGAAUCUGUCCCGAGCUGACAUGCGAUACGAUUUCGUAUCUGAAAGAAAAAACCAAUCUGGAACUUACGUGCUGGUAUCCAGACGGCCAGGUCAUCAUCGAUGAUCCAUAUUGGCUGAAAACAAGCAACAAUUGUUAUGUGGCACAAAAGAAUCUGUACUCGAAGCCCGACCUAGCCAAACUCGACAAUUGCGGGCCUAUCCCCUUCCUCGAGGACUUAUGGCACAAUAAUGAGAAUGGGACGAGCGAUAAUAACAAACGCUCACCCUCUGCUGCGCCCCUUCCCGAGCCGCUCCCCAAAAAGGAAGCAGAUAUGAGCGUCAUGUACCUUAUCAACGUUACUGUGGGCGAAGAGUACGCAUACUGCCGGUCCUGUACCCAGGAUACGUGCGCCGUGCAGCGCACAUAUGAGUUCAACGACGAAGUGUGGCUGCAGUGCAUUACACAAAAGAAUGCGACUGGGUGGUGGAGUCAGACAACAGACUUUUGCUACAUCAAAAACACUGAUUUCUGGCAGAGUCCGGAGGGAGAUUAUUAUCGUAUGCCGACGUGUGAGAGGUUUGACGGGGAUCCAUCAGGAGGCGAUGAUGACUAG